AUGGCCUUCCUGUGCCCCGUACGCAUCCGUCGCGGAAAGAAGAAGAAACCCGGGACACACAACUUUAAUUUGGAGAAAGAUUGUGGGACGGGAGGCACAGGACUUGGCUUGGGUACCAGGGUGCCGUUACCUCCUGGCCGUAUAACUGGAAGUGCGAGCAUUGAAACCCUCGUAAGAGUCGGCAUUGAAAAGGAGAAUGGACUCUCUCCGGAUAGUAAGAUGGUUAUUGUGCAUGACUUUACUCCUUGCGUGGACGAUGAACUUCAAGUCAAAAGAGGCCAGGUCGUGAAUGUGCUUUACAGGGAAAACGAUUGGGUAUAUGUAAUAGCGGCUGACACGCGUAUGGAAGGUUUCGUGCCGCAUUCGUAUUGCGCACCGUAUACCUCACAACUGGCGGAAUUGACAUUGGCCAGUUUGAACAACGUGAAGAAGAAGCUACCGCGGUCCAGCGAGAAUGACUGCGAUCUUCUUAGUACAGGUCGCCUACAGGAGACACAACAGACUGAUACCGGAUCGGCCUCAGAUUGCGAGAGUUACGCGCGAAAUAACAUCACCACCGCGGAUGUCAACGUCAAUCGCUCUAACAUCACGCAGUCUCAGAAUUCCAUACAAACCAUCUCAUCCCAGCCGGAUGUACAUCCCUUCUUUAAGGAUCCAUCAGCUGGAAGAUAUAUCGUUCUUUAUACGUUCGUGGCGCGGGACGAAAACGAUGUGAGCGUCGAAAGAGGUGAAUUUGUAACAGUGCUGAAUCGCGACGAUCCGGAUUGGUUCUGGGUACUCCGACAUUGUGAUGGUAACGAAGGUUUUGUACCGUCUGGUUUCGUUUACCCUGGCCACGUUCUCCAUUCUUAUGCCACUACGACGGCUACUACUACCACUACGAAUACAGCAUCCGCGGAAAUUCAUAGUCCAGGCAAGGGUACAGGAGGCGAAUCACUACAGCAAAAAGGUGUACGAGAUUUCCGAGACGAAACGACCGGUACGGAAUUAGUGGUGCUUUAUGAUUACAAGGCGCAGGCGCCAGAUGAUUUAUCUGUGAAACGGGCCGAUUGGAUAUAUGCGGAUCUAGGAAAUCAAACGGUGGACGGUUGGCUUUGGGCUUACGCGCCCAAGACUCGCAAGUACGGUUUUAUUCCUAAAGCGUACGCGCGACCCCCUGCCAUGACUAGCUUAUGAUUCGGAAAUUAGAGAAGGAAAAAAAAAUUCGCCUUCUUUAAAUAAGUUUAUAAUAGGUCCUUCGUAUCUUCCCCUUUUAUGUAUCGUAUUGUCAAGUACGUGUAAAAAUCGAGAUAAUUUUAUUUAAAUGUUUAUAUCUCACCAGAUUACUGCAAAAGGAAAAAUGAAUC